UUCACCAUCCACACAAUAAUUGUCAUUGAAAUUUUGCUAUUGCAUUCCAAACCCUUUCCUCCUCACAAUAUUCUCCUUUACAACUGUCUUCCUUUCUCUCCACCUUCAACACACAACACUACCAAACAACAAUUACACCUCUUCUACUCAUUACUUUACAUAAUCCUUAUUUCACCGAUAUUCUCGCCUUGAUUUUUUCCAACAUUAAUUUUAAUACCAAUUCUAAAUUUCUAAUAUUAAUAUUGUUAUUACAAAGUCUUGUGACAUUUAUUUUGUUAAAAAAAUAUUCCACAAUUAACAAUUAUUUUCUUACCAUAAAUCCCACCCCUUUAAUAUUUCUUCCAAGUCAUUCCCUUCCUUAUUUUCCAUUACACACAAAAUACAGAGUCAAACACACACACAGCCAGCAAUGGCCGGCGGCGUUGAAUCCACCGCCGUACUAGCUGCAACCCAAUCUCUCCUCCGUCUCGUCCGUGACAUCUCUAGGACCUCCGCCGGCGGAUUCUCCGGCGACUUCAAGAAAGAUUGUACUGACCUUUCAAGAAGAAUUGCAUUGUUAUCUCAUUUAUUUGAAGAAAUUAGGGACUUUAAUGGUGAAUUAGAUAACUUUAAUUCAUCUUCAUCUUCUUCAAAUUCCUCCAAUUGGGUUUCUGAUUUGAUAAUUUCCAUUCAAUCUGCUAAGAAAUUGUUGUCAAUUGCUGCCAAUUUUGAUCACAAGAUCUCCCCUGAUGGAGCAGCCAAGAAAGUUGAAUUUCAAUUUCAAUGUGUUACAAGGAAGUUAGAAAAAGCAUUAGCAAAUUUGCCAUAUGAUCAUUUUGAUAUCUCUGAGGAAGUUCAAGAACAAGUUGAUUUAGUGAGAGGGCAGCUUAGAAGAGCAAGAGAAAGAUACGGUAAAUCCGUAAAUUUGGUAUCGCAGAAAGAGGCUAAUUUUCUUGAGGAGAGUGCGAUUAAUAUUGUUAAUCAGCUAGAGAUUGAAAGAAAGGUGGAAACUUUGUCAAAAGAUGAUCUUUUGAAUGGGGAUGGUCAAAACGAAGUGGUUUAUUCGUCGGAGAAUCCAAAGGAUUCAUCGGAGGCAGUUACUAUGCUGAAUGAUGAAAAUAAGAAGUCGGAUACACCUGUGAUUCCUGAUGAUUUCUUAUGCCCGAUUUCUCUAGAACUAAUGCGGGAUCCUGUGAUUGUGUCCACCGGACAGACUUAUGAGAGAUCAUACAUACAAAGAUGGAUUGAUUGUGGAAAUACUACGUGCCCAAAAACUCAGCAAAAGCUCCGGAAUGUCACCCUAACUCCUAACUACGUGUUAAGAAGUUUAAUUGCUCAAUGGUGUAUCAAUCACAACAUUGAGCAACCAACUUUACUGGCAAACCGAAGACUGAAAAGAAGUGAUGGGUCGUUUCGUGAUGUAAGUGAAGAUAUAGAAGCUAUUGAAUUGCUUGUGAGAAAUCUCUCAAGUCCGUCACUAGAACUACGAAGGUCAGCAUUGACUGAAAUCCGAUCUUUAUCAAAAAGAAGCACUGACAACCGAAUAAUGUUAGCUGAAGUUGGAGCAAUUCCGAUUCUUGUGAGUUUAUUAACAUCUGAAGAUAUUAUCACACAAGAAAAUGCAGUAACUUCGAUUCUUAACCUCUCGAUUUAUGAAAACAACAAGGGUCUUAUAAUGCUAGCCAAUGUUGUACCUUCCAUAGUACAACUUUUAAGAGUCGGAACAAUGGAAACUAGAGAAAAUGCGGCUGCAACCCUUUUUAGCUUAUCACUUGCAAAUGAGAAUAAAAUCAUCAUUGGUGCAUCGGGUGCAAUAUCUGCUUUGGUCAAUCUUCUUGAAAAUGGAAGCACCCGAGGCAAGAAAGAUGCUGCAACUGCUUUGUUUAAUCUUUGCUUAUAUCAAGGAAAUAAAGGCCGGGCAGUUAGGGCGGGAGUCAUACCAGUUCUUCUUAAAAUGUUGAAUGAUGCAAGUGGUGGUAUGGUUGACGAGUCUUUAACCAUACUUUCUGUUCUUGCUAGCCAUCAAGAAGCUAAGUUAGCCAUAGUUAGAGCUAGCACAAUACCGCUUUUGAUCGAUCUUACAAGAACCGGGGUUUCAAGAAACAGAGAAAAUGCUACAUCAAUCUUGCUUUCAUUGUGUAAAAGAGAUAAUGAAAAUCUUGAAUGUAUAAGUAGGCUUGGUGCAAUAAUCCCAUUGAUGGAGUUGGCUAGAAACGGGUCUGACAGAGCUAAAAGAAAGGCGAACUCUUUGUUGGAACAUCUUCAAAGGUCGCGAGAGGUUUAACACUCGGAAAGGAUUAAGUAAUGACUUACUAAUUUGUUUAUUCAUCUGAAUCUUGAUCUUCAUAUAUACUUGCAGAGUUUUAUCUAAAGGUUUUUAAGUGCGAGGAAAGAAGGUAUUCCUCGGGCUUGAUUUGCAUUCUUUUUACUUGUGUUUGUGAAAUUCAUUUGAUACUGUUAUUGUUUGUAUGACAUAUCCAUAUGUGGAUUGAGAAUAACUUGCGUGAACUGAAUUCUUUACAAAUAUUCAAUAGAAUUUAUUCAAUUGAUUGGCAAUUGUA